AGAGGGAGACCUCAUUCUUCAGUUUCACAUGAGUUAGGCAAACACCAGGCUGUCAGAGGGAGAGAGGACGCUGCAACUUCAUGGUACAAACAAGUUACUACAUCAAUUCAAAUCACUAAUGCAAUGCAGCACCUGAGACACUGCCAAGGCCUUGCUCGAGUGAGCUUCCUCAGAACGCAAAGGGCCCAGCUUCUGAAAGGUGUUGCACCUGCAGUGACAGCAUGUGUGGUUCCUCGCUGGCAGAGCAGUGGUGACUAUGGUGGUCAGUCUGGACAGGUUCACAAUAGCCUCAGCCUCAGGUGGACACACUUGUUAGCAGGACUUGUGGCUGGAACUGGUGCUGUAUUGGCCUAUGGACUCCACAACAGCCAGGCUGAGCGGGCAGCCACACCCAUUGAACCAGUGACACAAUCAUCCUUUCCCAUCUACUCACAGGAUGAGGUCACCAAACACAAAUCCCUCAAUGAGGGCGUGUGGGUCACUUACAAGGGAGGCGUCUACGACAUCACUACGUUUAUUUCAAUGCACCCGGGUGGCGAUAAGAUCCUGUUGGCCGCAGGUGGAGCUUUGGAACCCUUCUGGUCUCUCUAUGCAGUCCACGGGCAGGACCACGUACUGGAGAUCCUGUCCGAGUAUAAAGUGGGAGAGCUGAGUCUCGAGGACCAAAAGAAACAGCAAAAGAAUGCGGACUCGUCUGACCCAUAUUCCACAGACCCCGAGCGACACCCAGCGCUCAACGUCAACAGCCUGAAGCCCUUCAACGCAGAGCCCCCACCUGCACUUCUCUCCGACAACUACAUCACUCCCAACGCCCUGUUCUUUAAGCGCAACCACCUACCUGUCCCCAGGGUGGACCCAAAGACCUACAAGCUGGAGAUCGAAGGCCUUCCGGGGCGGGCGGUGUCCCUGACACUUAACGACCUCAAGACCCGCUUCCCCAAACACACAGUCACGGCCACGCUGCAGUGUGCAGGGAACCGCCGGUCAGAGAUGAACGCAGUGAAGCAAGUGAAGGGACUCAACUGGGGCAUAGCGGCCAUAAGCAACGCUACCUGGUCCGGGGCUCGUUUGCGGGACGUCCUGCUGCAUGCUGGCUUUGGUCCAGAGGUGGCUUCUAAGGCACAACACGUGCAGUUUGAAGGGCUGGAUCGUGAUGUGACGGGGACAACUUACGGGGCUUCCAUACCACUGGGAAAAGCUGUGAGUGAAGUAGGAGAUGUGCUUCUGGCAUAUGAGAUGAAUGGGGAAGAGAUCCCUCCUGACCAUGGAUACCCUGUUCGCGUGGUGGUCCCGGGAACUGUCGGAGCACGCAAUGUCAAGUGGCUGGGCAAGAUUGUGAUCAGUGAGGAAGAAAGUAAGAGUCACUGGCAGCAGAACGACUACAAGGGCUUCUCCCCAAGCACGGACUGGGACACGGUAGACUUUAAGUCAGCCCCGGCCAUCCAGGAACUACCCAUCCAGUCUGCGAUCACCCAGCCAGCAGAGGGAGCUACUGUGGACCGCAGCAUGGAGGAGGUGACGGUCAGAGGCUAUGCCUGGAGUGGCGGGGGCAGGGAGGUCGUCAGGGUGGACGUCACGGUGGACGGAGGAAAGACGUGGCACAUUGCCCAACUCGAGAACAGCGAGAAGGGACAGAAGCCUGCACCGUCUCCUCCGCCAGGUCAGGCCUGGGCCUGGAAGCUGUGGGAGGCCACUGUCCCUCUGCCCGCCGAGGCCCAGGAGCUGGAGAUCAUGUGCAAGGCCGUGGACAACAGCUACAACACCCAACCAGAUACUGUGGGUCCCAUUUGGAAUUUGAGGGGGGUCCUCAGCAAUGCCUGGCAUCGAGUGAAAGUGAAUAUAAAUGAGGACAGCGAAGGAGAGGAGUAGAGGCAGAGAGAGACUAAUUAUAGACAGACUCAGUCCGAGUAGGUUGGGGUGAUAAAGCCAAACCUUACCAGGCCAGCAGAGGUAGAAGCCCUUCACCUCAAUAAUGUUGGGUUGGGUAGGAGUUUGAUGAACAUGUUGCCAAUUUGAUGCAUAAAUGAUCAGUUUGGACAGGGCUAAGUGAACGUGAUUCUGAGUGCCUCCAGCUGAACCUGCGUUGCCUCAAAAGGUUGAUUUCUUGCUUACCAUACAGAAAAGAAAACAUUGUUUCCAUAGCCAGUGAGAAACAUGGAAUGUGUCAGUAUGGUGUCAAAUUCUGAUUAUCAAUAUAAACCAAAAAUUGCAGCCUUUUUCGAAAUGAUGUGGAUUACUCUAAUGCUUUUGGGGUAGCAAGCCAUGAGUCACUUUGUGGCCUAUGAAAAUAAAUUCACUGUCACUGUCAGUAUAUUUCAUGGAGAUAGGAAACGGUCCUAAUCCCUCUGGUCUGUUUGCAGAAAUAAUAACAUGAAUGAAAAUGAUUGCUUAUGAUUUCUGCACUAUUCCUUGGACCAAAAACACUUAGAUGUCUUUAAAGAGCAUAACAAAUAUUUUAGUUUUUGAGAAACCUAAAAAUAUGUUACAAUACAAAGUCUUUCGAAUCUGUGGAAAUCACAAUAGAAGUAUGGGCAAAUAUGAUCAACAAAUGUAAUUUGUCAUACAUUUUCUCAUGUUAAAUUAUUGUUUUGCACUUUGUACAGAAGUGGACAUAUUCAGUUUGAAUUAUUUUUGUUUGAUAUAGUUGGAAAUGAUUGACCCAACCUACAAUAAAGGGAGCUUUGCUUACUUUGCUUAAAA